AUGCAAUAUGUUGGCAACAAAUGGGUGUUUCGAAUCAAAGUUUGUGCAAAUGGCUCUGUUGAAAGAUUUAAAGCUCGUCUAGUGGCUCAAGGUUUUUCGCGGCAGCCUGGAGUGGAUUAUUUUGAAACUUUUGCUCCUGUAGUAAAGCCUAGUACAGUGCGUUUGGUCUUAUCCUUGGCUCUUCAGCGAAAUUGGUUCAUGCACCAACUCGAUGUGUCAACUGCAUUCCUUCAUGAUGAGUUAUCUGAGACUGUUUAUAUGCGUCAACCUAAGGGGUUUGAGCAUCCAGAUUAUCCCCAUUAUGUCUGCAAAUUGCAACGUGCUCUAUAUGGUCUUAAACAAUCUCCGAGGGUUUGGUUCCAUUGUCUUGCUCGUUUUCUUCUUGAUCUCGGUUUUAAGCAAUGUGUUUCGGACCAAAGCAUGUUCAUUUUUCACUCUGGGGGUGAUUGCAUUAUUCUUUUAAUUUAUGUGGAUGAUAUAGCUGUUUUUGGUUCUUCAAAGUCCUUAAUAUCACAAUUUAUCUCUUUCAUGAGUACAGAAUUCUCAAUGAAGGACUUGGGACAACUUCACUACUUUCUUGGCAUUGAGUUAAAACAUAACUCUUUGGGACUUCUCUUACUGCAGCGUCGUUACAUUACUUCAAUUAUGCAUUGCUUUAAAUUGGAGAAGUGUAAACCAGUGCUUACUCCGCUUCAUAGUAAGCUUGAUUGGAAUUCCACCUCUUCUCCUUUGCUUGAAGAUCCUUCUAUCUAUCGUCAAAUGCCGAGACAAUUGCAUUUUCAGGCGAUAAAACGGAUUUUUCGGUAUCUUAGUGGCACCAUUGAUUGGGGCUUACAGUUGUAUAAAAAUUCUCCCUUGGCACUUACUGUUUUCUCUAACUCGGAUUGGGCUGGUUGUUCAGCCACUAGGCGGUCUACAACUGGAUUCUGCAUUUUUCUUGGCUCCAACCUCAUCUCUUGGUCUGCUAAGAAGCAGCAUACUAUUGCACGCUCAAAUACUGAAGCUGAAUAUCGAGCUCUUGCUGUUGCAACUGCUGAAGCUACUUGGCUCCAAUAUAUUCUUCGUGAUCUUGGCGUUUUUCUUACUUCUACAGUCUCCGCAAAAUGUGACAAUAUUUGA